CGAAAGGCGUGGGAGCUGGGGAAAUCUCGCUUCCAUCCUGCAAUCUGGGAGGGAUCCGGAUGAAACUAAAUUUCACAUAUGACUUUUAUGCUUGCCUAAAGACUACAAUAGUUUCACACAUGACAAAGACUCAUUGACACUGAAAGUCUAAGCAGUGGCAGCUUAUUUAUUAAUUUAUGUUUACAUUUCUCUCUCUCUUCCUCCAAGUAGCCCAGAGUGGUGUACUUGGUUAUGUUUCUCCUCACAAUGUGAGGUACGUUAGGCUGAGAGAUAAGUGUCUUGUCCAGAGUCACACAGAGAUCUUCAUGGCUUGGGUCUCCCCAAUCGUCAUCCAACACACUAACCACUAUAUCACACUGGUGAACCCUUCCACCCUUCUUGCCCUGGGAUUCAAAGCAGCAUUAGAGUAAAGAAUCCUUUUGCUUGUGUUAGAAACUUCAUUUGAGCAUAGAGGGGAAAUGGAUUUGCGAAGUCUAGCAAGUAAUGAAUUGGGGAAGGAAACAGAAAAAGGCUCUCAAGCCAUCCAGUCUGGGAGUGAAAGGGAAUUCUGGGAAAGAACCAUGCAGAAGAUCCUGGAAGGAGACAGCAUCAGCUCAGAUGUCCAAUGCCAGAGAUUCAGGCAACUCCACUACCAAGAGACCAAGGGACCCUGAGAGGUUUGUAGCCAACUCCAUAACCUUUGUUUGAGUGGCUGAAGCCAGAAGAACACACGAAGGCUCAGAUCCUAGACCUGGUGAUCCUGGAGCAAUUUCUGACCAUCCUGCCUCUGGAGAUGGCGAGCUGGGUCCAGCAAUGUGGAGCAAAGACCAGUUCCCAGGCAGUGGCUCUGGCAGAAGGUUUCCUCUUGAGCCAGGCAGAGGACAAAAAGUGGGAGGAGCAACAGAGAAUGUUAGCAAAAGCAGCCGCUGAUCUCCCAGAGGCCGAGAAGACUCUCUUAGACACCAAGCAGAGACCACUGUUUAGAUGGAUCAUGCAGGAGGGUGAUGUAGGCAUCAUCUCGCUGGGCAGUGAAAUGACCCUGGCGGUUCCUUCUAGGACUUCUACUCUUGGUGACCGAAUGGAAACAGUUGUUGCACAAUCACUGGAUCAGUUAAUUUUAGGUCCCACUCAGGCUGAAUCAGAAAGACUCCACUCUGAAGGCAAAUAUGCACACACUGCCUUGACACUGCCGCCCAGAACAAAACUCAUUCUGCACACAGAUGAAAAAGAUUAGAGGGAACACUGCUGGCUACACGUUACCAGUGCAUUUAUGGGAACAACUGAAGGUGCUGAUUUUGACCUUUAAAGCCCUUUACUACUUAGGGCCAAGUUACCUGAAGGAUCGCCCUCUCCACUUGAAUCUGCCUGCCCUAUAGGAUCUUUUAGAGAAGCUCUCUUGCAAGUUCUCCUGCCACCUCCUGAAAUUUGAUUCUCAGAAAUGACUGAGUGAGCCUUCUCAGUGGUAGCCACUCUCUUUGGAACUCCCUGUCACCUGAUCUUUGGGUGGCAUCUACUCUGGCAAGUUUUAAAAAGAAUUUAAGAAGCUUCUAUAUCUGCAGGCCUUUCACAAUAUUCCGAGUUUCCAUUGCUGAUGGUUUCUUUUUAGCAGUUUCUCCCCUCCCUGUAUUUUAUUUAGGUUUUAUAUUUUUAAAAUGAUUUUUUUAAUGAUCACAACUCUUGUUUUUGUGUCUAUUAUAUUAUAUUUUUGUGUCUCUUAUGUGGCAAUAGAAUAUUUCUCCCUUGUCAUAUUUCAAAACCACUUUAUCUAACAAACAAUGUGUUGCAAUUGUGUGGUGCUGUCUCUGACAGUUUCUCCAUUACUAAGUCACAUGUGAUACCGUGAAACAGUUUUGGAUAUUCAAAUGGUUUAAAAAAACAACACCCAACUUUUCAGUUUCUAUGAAGGAAAUGAAAGAUAUCAGUUUUGGCUGGAGUUAAAGCUUUUAACAAGACUUGUGAUAAGAGUACUUUUAUGCAGCAAGCUGAGGUCAGAACAGAGGCCCUGGGAGGUAGGAAAGAUAAUCCUAUGAAGGGUGCAGUCUAUUUUGCUGAUAUCCUCUGACCCCUUUUGCAGUCUAGUCUUUUUAUUUUUUUAUUAUUUUUUUAUUUCUAUCACGCCCCCUGCCUGUGAGCUUCUUGAAGGCAUCUAGUGGGCCACUGUGUGAAACAGGAUGCUGGACUAGAUGGGCCUUCUUGGGCCUGAUACAGCAGGGCUGUUCUUACAUUCUUAAUGAGAAUAAAGAAACGAUUAAAGGAAAGAAUGGACAAAUGAUGUACAGUGUAUAGUUCUCAUGUUGUAGUCUCUUAUAUUUGUAACAUAUGUAUGCGAUGUAUUGUUUUUAUAUUUGUCUGUAGUACUUGAUUUCGUAAUCUGAAAUAAUUUGCUUACUUGCUUAAUUGAGAAGUGCCCAGGGACUUUUUUUUUUUGGUAUGGAGCGGCAUAGGAAUAUAUCGAACAAAUAAAUAAAUAAAUUUAUUGUUGCAGUGUUUGCUAGCCACUUUGAAUCUGCAGACAAGGGCAGAAUACAUGAUCGCAAAUUAAAUAAAUAAAUACACAUAUUGCUUUUCAACCAAAGAGUUCUCAAAAGCAGCUUACAUAGCAAAAGCGAGUAAGAAAAUGGUUCCUGGUCACAAAGGGGUUCACAAUAAUCUAAAAUGAAACAUAAGGGAGAGACACCAGCAACAGCCACAAAGAGGGCUGCUAUGCUGGGCUUACUAGGGACAAAAUCGUUCCCCCCUGCUACAUAUAUGGGAGAGCCCACAUUACAAGGGACCUCUUUGCCCAUUUAGCAUAUGGGCCCUGCAAGCGGAGAUUCUUACUUAGAACAGCAGAUGUUCGCAAGUGGACCUGCAAACUUCAGUACCCAAUAUACCGCAAGGCUCUUAGACGUCAUGAUAUCUCACCACUACUGAGCUAAGGGUACUUCUGAUGAAUUUAUUUAUUUAUUUAUUAGAUUUGUAUACCGUCCUUCCAAAAUGGCUCAGGGCGGUUUACAGCACGGUAAAAACCGUUAAAACAAGUUAACAAUCAAAAUCAAAAUAUUAAAACACAAAAAAAACAAUUAAACAGCUAAAAAAAAACUGAAACCAGGGCAAUCAUUUAAGGUGGGUGGAUGCUAGAGAGGGAGCCCUUUUGAAGGAGGCACCCCAUUUAUGGAGUAGCAUCCCCAGUAAUGUUUGCUGGUAUCAUCACUAUGCUCCUUUAAAUGCCAGACGGAAGCCUUUUUGUUCAGCUAGGCUUUCUAGAAGUGUCUCUGCAUUGUUUGUAGCUGACUUUUAUUGUAGUUUGUGUUUGACUGUGCUUUUACUUGUUUUAGCUAGGAACAUAGAAAGCUGCUUUAUAUUGAGUCAGACCAUUGGUCAAUCUAGCUCAGUAUUGUCUUCACAGACUGGCAGCGACUUCUCCAAGGUUGCAGGCAGGAAUCUCUCUCAGCCCUAUCUUGGAGAUGCUGCCAGGGAUGGAACUUGCUCUUCCCAGAGCAGCCCCAUCCUCUGAGGGGAACAUCUUACAGUGCUCACACUUCUAGUCUCCCUUUCAUAUGCAACCAUGGAAUGGGUGCCCUCAUACUAGGGAAUUGGAACGUUCCCCUUCUUGUAAUCAGGUUAGAAAACCUGUAUGUCAUUUAUGCAAUGCUCCUGCAUAGGAAUAGGGAGGGAAGACGCGACCAAGAGGUUCACGCUGACGAGACAGUAAAUCUCUUCUGGAAAAGUUUGUAUGGUUAUGUGCAAAAAGACAAGUGUAUCUCUUCUACAGCAAUGGGACAAAUUUUGGAAAUGGACGUCGGACGUAAACCCCGCCCCCCAUUACCUGAUGUACCUUGUAAUCCCUCAUCCCCGAGUUACAGUACUGCCUGCAUAUACUUCAUAACCUUGUGGGUUUUCAAAUCCCUGUGUGUAAAUCUUUGUAGAUAUAAGAUGUACAAACAACCACUUUGUAUAUAAUUGUGCUUUGGCAACGUACUGUAUGCUUUGGUAGUUUGUUGGUUCAAUAAAAAAAUCUUG